UAUGGAAAAAUCCUUUAGUAGACGUAUGUAUGUAUGUAUAUAUAAAAUUAAAUAUUUUGUUCAUAAUUGAAUUGUUGCUCAUAACUGCUAAAUAAUUCUAGUUCUUUCUGUUAUCUUUAUAAAUAUUUAUACCACGAGAUUGUGCAGUGUGCACUUUACUAUUCGUUUCUAUGUCAUUGACCGUUCGGUAGCUAAAGUGAACCCUGGUUGCAUAUUUGCUCUCUUCAGAUAUCUCUAACAAUAACAUUUUUUCUUCGCGCUCUCCCUUCAGUGCAUACUGGUAGGCUCUCACUUGAUUAUUUUUCGCGUAAACUCUAGAACAUCGUUCUUCUGCAUACGUACAAAUGUACAUGCACAUGUAGUUGUUUGAAUGCAUACAUGGAUUAUUACAUUCUUUGCUCAAGCUGGUUCAGACUAGAGACAUAUGUGUAUACAUAUAUAUGUGUGUGUUUGUAUGUCAGUGCACCAGCAAAAAGUGUGUUGCAAUAAUUGCAAUGAUAUUGUAGGUGUGAGUAAUUAAACUCAUACUAUGAAAAUGAAAAUAUUUCUCAUUUAAUACAUUGGGAGCCAGAAUAUUAUGAACGUCAAUGUAGUUGUUCUGAGCAAAAGCAAAUACGACGAAUAUGCAAAGCUAACUGCUCGUUGAUAUUCGUAAACAUACACGAAUACACGCAAGUAUAUUAUUAUGUAGACUAGUAAAUGAGCUAAAUUGAAUGGGUAUAGGCACUGAGCGAACGAACGAGCUCCAUAUUUCGAGGUUGCUGACCGAGAAUUAGGUCACGACAAUGAUGGAGUUCGUUGAACUAAUAUAAGCAACAAUGACAACGCCGUCAUCACACUCUUGAUUUGCUAGUCGCAUUGCAUCCCUAUGAAUUUCAUACUAGGUGUGUACAUUAUCAUGAACAAUAUUUUUAAAAGCAAAGUUUUAACAAAUCAAAUCACUCGUCGGAUAUUUUUAUUUUUAACUAUUUUUUGUAGAAUUUAUGUAUUUUAUCUCGUUUAAAAUAUGAAAGAAUAUUGAUCAUUUAACCUGGAAAAUAAUGUCAAUAAAUAUUUUAUUUUAUAAUAUUUAGACACAAGUACAUACAUAUUUAUAUACAUACACAUAUGAACAUAUUAGGUAUGGUGUCCUUAAUAAAAUCACUAUUUAUGUACGUUCCCUCUAAAAUAACCUCUUGCAAUCAGCAAAUGCUCGAUACUUGAAUGCUUGAAAUUGGUUAUUACGUCAAAGAAACACACUCAACAUAUUCAACUCAAUUUAAAAAACCACUCAACAUUAGAUAGUUGAUUUGAGUUUUUUGAGUUCAUUUGGGGGUCAUUGCUCGCAGCUAGCUAGCGUGGAACGAAGACGCUAACAAUAGCAAGAGCAACUACAACAGUGAUUCGUGUUGUUCGGAGCACGACAACGAAUAAACAAUUCGAGGUUGAGUUGAGCAAAUCAUUCGCAAUUCGUCUGUCAAACGUUACGGUUCAGUAUAUGUGCGAAUACUUUGAAAACAUUUUCUGUUCAGAGAGAUUUUAGUGAAUAUUUAUAAAAAUAAAAAAAAAACAUCUUCCAAUAAAUUUUGUUGACAACCAAUCUGCUACAAUGCGCUCCAAACAUAUUCAGUGAAUGAAAUUGCAACCCAACGCGUAAUGCCCAUCGUACAAAAAUAGAAUAAUUAGGAAGGCAAUAUUUUAAAACUGAAAAGUUUUUAUGUAAUUAAAGCCGUUAAUAACUUAUAAAAAAAGCAGAUUAAAUUCUCAAAGCCGUGUUCAAGUGAAACGUGAAAACCAACGAUAAACUUAUCGCUAAUUUGUAGUUGGCGGGAAAUUUCCUUUAACAAACCAAAAAUACUCUAAAUAGAAAUUAUACUGAAUUAGAAAUAUGUUCCUUAUAAUAAUAUUUUUCUUAUAAAAUCAAGUUUGGUUUAAAAAUAUAAAUUGUGUUGAAAUGGUUUGUGCUACACAAGAAGUAAAUGGCAAUGAGCGCCAGCAGCAACAUCAGCGGCAACCUAUUCAAUUACAACAUAUGCCAGAAGUAUCACAGCCUCGGCAAUUAAAAUCACUUGCAAUACAACCUACCGAGACCCAAUUCACGAAAAUAGUAUUGUUGUCAACAUCUGCAACAAAUAUAAAUCAAAACAACGUUACCCAAACCACUAGUAGUCGGCAGUUAAAGCAACAGCAUUCCGCUUUGGUAAAACUUUUAGAGUCGGAGCCCAUAACAAAAAAAAUAAUAACCAAAAUUACAGAUACAAAUAUUGGUGGUGCUGAUCUUCUUAUCAAGCCUGAAAUAAAUGUAAAACAAAAUUAUCAAGAAUGUUUGAAUCUUAAAAAGAAAAAUGAACAGAAGCAACAACAAUUAGUUCACAACGCUUCUGCAACUCAAUGUAAAAGACUGAAAUCAAAUGGGAUUAAUCUUCCUUUACUAGUCGAACAUACAACUACAAGAAAUCACAGUGUAAAAACAGGAACUACAUGUAGUUUUACUAUAAAUGCCAUUUGUGAAACAAAAAAUCAAGAUUGUAUGGAUGAUAACGAGAAUAAUAGUUUGAACAAAUUAAAAUGUAGAGAUUUAGGGGUUAAUGAAAGAAUAGCAAAUACUCCCCUCCACAGCAAAUUAUCGAUCCCACAAACCGAUACGGCGACUUUUAAUUCAAGUAAUGAUAUCUUUGAGCAGUGUCAAUGUCCAUGGAAAAAAAUACGUUUUGCUAGAGAAUGGAAGCAACGUGAACAGCUACAAAAGAGAAAGCAACCAGAGUUACAGUCCGUUGAAGGCUCGAAACAAAUUUUGGCUGACGAAAAAUUAGAAAAUAAUGAUGGAACUAAAGAAAGCGAUAUUACUAACUUCAAUUCGAAAGGUAUAGUGGCAACACCUGAGUUUGCCUUGUCCAAACAAACCGAAAUUGAAAUAACUACACUUUUGAAACAACAACAGCAAUUUCGACGUGAUAGUUCUGAUAGCAAUUCUUCCUUACUAAGCAAUUCCAGUACGCAAUCUACUACAAGUGUUAACUUUUGUACAUGUACGCCACAUCAACUGAAGUAUCAACAAGAUAGUGUUAUUGGAAACGAUACAAGUUCUUCAUUUUGUCAAUUUAGCGAUAAUGAUACAAGUAAUACCGAUAUUGGGUGUGAUGAUGAACUUUGUAUGGUUCAUAGUACAUCACACCAGCAAUCACAACUUGAACAAUCGGCAAUGAACGAUCUUUGUCAACAAUUUGAUGAUAAUUUAGAAACAUUUACUAAUUUUACACCUGAAGUGGAUUCAAAACAUGUACUAAAUAUUGAUUUACUGAAUUCAGGUGUGAAAAAUAUUUCGCAUCAUCCCAGCUCUCAUAAGAUUGAUGCAGAAACAGGAGUACCUGAUGGAUUUUUCAGGCGCUCUAUUCAGCAAAAAAUUCAGUACCGUCCGUGUACUAAAAAUCAACAAUGUAGCAUUUUACGAAUUAACCGUAAUCGCUGCCAAUAUUGUCGGUUAAAAAAAUGCAUUGCAGUAGGAAUGAGUCGUGAUGCGGUUCGUUUUGGCCGAGUCCCAAAACGUGAGAAAGCGAGAAUAUUAGCUGCUAUGCAGCAAAGCACACAAAAUCGUGGCCAACAACGUGCGCUAGCUGGAGAACUAGAUGAUCAACCAAGACUUAUAGCUGCUGUACUUCGGGCUCAUUUAGAAACUUGUGAGUUUACAAAGGAAAAAGUUUCUGCAAUGCGUCAAAGAGCAAGAGAUUGCCCAUCAUAUUCUAUGCCAACUCUAUUGGCAUGUCCUUUGAAUCCUGCCCCUGAGUUACAAUCAGAGCAAGAGUUUUCUCAACGAUUUGCCCAUGUCAUACGUGGCGUUAUUGAUUUUGCUGGUAUGAUACCUGGUUUUCAACUGCUUACACAAGACGACAAAUUUACUUUGCUAAAAGCAGGCCUCUUCGAUGCGCUGUUCGUGCGUUUGAUUUGCAUGUUUGAUUCCUCUAUUAAUAGUAUUAUAUGCUUAAAUGGGCAAGUUAUGCGCCGCGAUGCAAUACAAAAUGGAGCAAAUGCACGUUUUUUAGUGGAUUCCACAUUUAACUUUGCUGAGCGAAUGAAUUCCAUGAAUUUAUCAGAUGCAGAAAUCGGACUGUUUUGUGCGAUCGUUCUUAUCACACCAGAUAGGCCAGGCUUACGAAACAUCGAAUUAAUCGAAAAGAUGUACAGCCGAUUAAAAGGUUGUUUGCAAAAAGUUAUAAAUCAGAACCGUGCUGAUCAACCGGAUUUUAUGUCUAAAUUGUUAGACACAAUGCCUGAUUUGCGAACACUUAGCACACUUCAUACAGAGAAAUUGGUAGUUUUUCGUACAGAACACAAAGAGCUAUUACGUCAACAAAUGUGGACAAUGGACGAUGAGCAAUCAACGAAUGUUAAGAGUCCUGUUAUCAAUUGGGAUGAUGCUCGUAUGGACGUUGAAGCGAAAAGUCCUCUUGGUUCAGUAUCAAGUACUGAGUCAGUAGAUUUAGAAUACACCACCUCCUCUACCACAUCGGCGCCACAGCAUCGCGUUAAUAAUCUAGAACCUCAACCGUCAGCAUUAGCUUCGUCAACUCCUUUAUUAGCGGCAACAUUAUCAGGUCCAUGUCCUCUACGUAACAGAGCCAAUUCUGGCUCAUCCGGCGAUUCUACCACUGAAAUGGAUAUUAUGGGCUCCCACGCACACCUUACCCAGAAUGGGUUAACAAUCACUCCAAUUGUUCGAUCGCAUUCCCACCAACAGUUGCAUCAUCAUUUGACUACUGGCGCGCCAAACAGAUAUCGAAAAUUAGACUCACCAACGGAUUCAGGUAUCGAAUCUGGUAAUGAAAAGAAUGAUUGUGUUAUUAAAGCUGUAAGUUCUGGAGGCAGUUCGUCUUGUUCUAGCCCACGUUCUAGUGUAGAUGAUGCAUUAGAUUGCACAGAUACACCUACAGCAAGCAACAGCCAAGUUACAUUAUCUGUUUCUCCUGUUCGUUCACCUAAACCCAUCGCUCCAACAUCCACCUCAUCUUUAACUGGAAUAGUUAGUACGCCAAAUUCCCUCAAACGUCAAAUUGUCGAAGAUAUGCCAGUAUUGAAGCGAGUAUUAGAAGCACCGCCACUUUAUGAUACCAAUUCACUAAUGGAUGAAGCUUACAAGCCCCAUAAAAAAUUUCGAGCUUUACGCCAUCGUGAAAUCGAAACUGCAGAGGCAGAUCCAAGUUCCACAUCUAAUAAUUCUUUAAAUACAGAGAAAAUAACCACACCAAAAGCUGAUACAAAUAACACGGUACAAAGUUCGCAAAUGGUAAAAGCAGCAAAUAGUCCACCGCCGUUUAUUCAAUCAACGAGUACAGCUUCUACUCCAUUUGUUACUUCCCAUUGUACAGUAACAACAGCGUCAUCUCCACAUUCCCACGCUAUAACAGGAAGUUCUUUAAACAGCCAUCAGCAGAGUCAGCUACAUAUGCAUUUGACACGUCACACGAGUUCGAAUCAUAGUACUAGUAGCAAUGGUAACCAAAAUCAUACUAGUAAUGUGCCGCCACAACAGCAAUCUUCUUUAUCUAGUACACAUUCAGUGCUUGCUAAAUCUCUAAUGGCUGAACCACGUAUGACUCCUGAACAAAUAAAGAGAUCUGAUAUCAUUCAAAACUACAUUAUGCGCGAUCAAGCAUCGUGUUCUUCAGGAUCAAUGAUUCCUGGAACUCCAACCCAUACCAGAACACGUAGCCCAGCACCAGUGCAGCAUUUAUCCCCAAUGAACCAGACUUCCCAUCAUUAUACACCUAUUGCAUCCCCAUCUUCAAGUAAUUCUCCAACUUGCUCAAGCACUAUCUGCAGUUCAUCUUCGACUACAACAAUAACAUUAACUUCACCACCAAACUCUAUUAACCCAACUCCUACACGAUGGCACGGUCAUUCAGUUAUAACGACAACAAGCAUCAACCACCGCCAGCAAUCUGUUUCACCAAGUAGUAAUGGGUCUUCUUCAUCAUCAUCUUCAUUAAAUGCCUGUCAAUAUUUUCAAUCUCCACACUCCACAUCAGCUGCAGUUUCUCCCCCUCGUCCGUCACCAUCAGCUAUUCAUUCACCCCCACGUUUAUUAGAAUUGCAAGUGGACAUUUCCGAUUCUCAGCAACCGUUGAAUUUGUCGAAAAAGUCACCAACACCACCCCCAAAUAAGUUGCAGGCAUUGGUAGCGGCAGCAACUGCGGUACAAAAAUAUCCUACCGUUUCCGGCGAUGUAACUGUUACGCCGGCUAAAACUGAAAGUCCGCAAACUGUAACCAGUGUGCCAGCAAAUAGUACGCAGCAACUACAGGUUAUGCUAGAAGCGUAAGGUAGAUACAAUAUGUAUGUAUGUAUGUGCUAGUGAAUAAGUUCACUAUACAAUUUUAUGUAAAGAAUGCAUAGAUAAACAUUGCGCAUGCACCAGUAUAAAAUAUAUUUUGAGAUUAUUCGAAAGCAAAUAUAAAAUGUGCAUGGUAUGAUAUUAAGAGGAAAAUUUGGAUUUGUACCAAAACCUAAAAGUUAAUAAGAUUAGGUAACAAAAAAGAGAGAGACUGAAUAUUCAAGUAUAUAUAAAAAAUAUGAAAUAUUUUAAAGUAUUGAUGCAAGAUGGAUAUGCUACUUGACGUGAAUGAAUUAAUCAAUUUUUGGCAUGAUCUUAAAUUAAAAAACAAAAGAAACACAAAAAUUAACUUACAUUUGUGUAAAUGCAUAAAUAUAAAUACAUAUAUCUUUUCCUUAAAACUUUUGAAGUUGAUAGUAGUGAAAAUUGAUAAAUAAUUAUGAACUAUAACUUAUGUAUUAGAUAUAAAGAAGAACUGUAUAUGAAUCGAGCGUGGAUGUAUUUUAGAAGAUGUGGUAAAAAUUGUGACAAAGAGUUAUAAACGAAAGCAUAAGGGAGAAUUGCCAUUUGCAUUCAGUUUUUCAAUUCAAAAGAAGUUAAAGAUUUUUUAUUGUAUAUUUUAAAUUUUGUUAUUAUGAGUUUCUGAAAAAUUUAAACAAAAAUUAAACGUUUUUUUCACAUAUGUCUACUAAAUAUUUUGAACCAAAAUUAUUAUUAUUUUUUUUGUCAUCCAAAUAUGUAUUAUAUUGUAUUAUAGUAAACGAUUGGUGUUUAUAAAAAUGUUAAUGGCAAAUCCUUAAAACCUAAUGACUGUAUCUUCGAAGCACACAAAAUAAACUGUACAAAAUGCAUGCAAUAUAGAUUUAAAAAUCCAUAACACCGUGACAAAAAUAAUUAAUUAUGCUACACUUCCUUUUAAAUCUAAUACGUAUAUGUAUUUGCAGUGAAGAGAAUAAUUUUAAUAGUAAGGCAAUGAGAUGUUUUUAAGAUAAAUGGCACAACGAUAUGAUAUUAUAUGUAUGUUAACUUAUAUAUAUGCCGUAUAACAUUAAAAUUGAGAACAUAUAGAUACAUUUGUGUAUUUUAUUGAAUUAUCUAUAAAUUAAAUUCCGGCGCAUAGGAAUUCCCAUAAAAAGCUCAAACGCCGUUAUCGAAUUAAUUUUUUGGUCGGAAAAAUUUGAGAUCAAUCAAAUGAAACAAAUGUUUGAAAUCUAGAUUUGCAAAAUUUGGCAAAUUAAAUAAAAAUGUCUACUGAAUUAAUUUAAGUUAUUUAUAAUUUCUGGAAAGAAAUGUUGUUCCAGUGGUCCAAUAUGAUUUAAUAUUGAAAACUCUGCGAGUUUUUCAAUAAGCAAAAAAGUUGAUUAAUGUUUAAUUCUUCCUACUAUAAAUGCAUAGUAAAAUUUUGCUUUCAUAAGCAGUUUUACUUUAGAGAUCUUAUUUUAUAAUAAAAUUGUUUUAUUGUUCGUUGGUUUGUUUUAUCUUUAUUAUUAAAAUCAUCUAUUUAUCUGUUGGAGUGAUAAAUUUUUACGUGUUACUUUUCUAAAAAAUAUUUAAUAUUAUUGUUUUCUAAAUUUAUAAAAUGUAAAAAGUUCUAAAUAAUUUUAAAAUGUAUAUAUUGUAUAUAAUUUUUCUUAUUUAAUAAGCAUAUUAAGAUAAAUAUUCCCUAAGUUAAUUUUUGUGUGUAUAUGUGUUUCUAAUUAUUGAAUGUAUUGGCCGUUGAUGUAUUGUUUAAUUUAAAACAAGUUCUUAAACUUUCAUUUAUUCACAUGUUAAGAUGAUAAGAGAAAGUGAAUUUAUUCUUAUUAGUAAUAGUAGUAGUAUAGUGGUAGUAUGCUAUAUUUGUAGUAGGUACAAAAAAUAAAAUUUUUUCAAAUACACACACAUAUUAAAAAUAAAUUAAAAAA